AUGAUAGAUAUUACGUGGUUAUGUGUGUUGGCGAUUCGCUGUGUCUACUGGCUUGUGCUGCAGGCUUGUAAUUUCCUGGGAUACUCUACUCUGUGGGCUCAGAAAGAAAUCAAACAAAGGGAACGAAAUAGUGCCAAUUGGCUAAACAAAACUCCAGUACAUGUUGCAAUCGUCAUCAAUAAUCAGCCGUUGACGAAAGCUCCCUUAUUGUCGUUGCUGGAUGCUUGCCUCGGGGCAAAUAUACGACGGCUAACCAUCUACGAUGCCCUGAACGACUAUUCGGAUUUGGUUCAUGAACUUUCAGCUUUUUGUAAGAAGAAGAGAAUACGAAUGAUUGCUGGUUGUACUGAAAUGGCCACGGAUUAUUCGUCGUAUCAGCUGUUUGUCCAGCUGCUCACGACCAGUUCUGGACGGCCUGUCUUGGUUGAAGCGUGUCGUGAGGUAGUGAAUUAG